AUGCCGAACCGCCGGCCCACCCGCAACGCCUACUACUUCUUCGUGUUGGAGAAGAUGCCCGAGCUGCGAAGGCAGGGCCUGGCCGUGUCCCGCGUGGUGGACGCCAUCCCGCUCUGCUCCGCAGACUGGGGGUUGCUAACGGAGGAGGAAAGGGAGAAAUACGUGGAGAUGGCGCGUCAGUGGAAGGCGAAUCUGGGAAAGUCCCCAGAGAAGCAGAAAUGUGCUACAACAUCCUCGGAGAAACCUGGGCCAGCCUAUCUGCCCACACCUGCUCGGCAGAAUUUGCUUCCCGAUAUGGACAGUCUGUCUCUGAAGACUGAUGAGGAUGUGCUUGAAAGAACAUUUUAUUUCUUGAAUAUAUUUAGUCACGGUGAGCUGCCUCCUCACUGUACAGAGCGCUUCCUCCCGUGUGAGAUUGGCUGCGUUAAAUAUUCCCUAAAGGAGGGAAUUAUGGAGCAGUUCCAUAGCUUUAUAAACCCUGGUGAGGUGCCUCGAGGCUUCCGGUUUCAUUGCCAGGCGGCAAGUGAUACUACUCAUAAGAUUCCCAUUUCUAACUUUCAUAUGCCUGGAGGUGACUUCAAAACUGUGCUACGCAACCUGUAUGAAUUUAUUCACCCAAAUGAAGGCGACUGGCCGCUUAUAUAUUGCAAGUCUGACGAUUGGUUUCGAGUCAACUGGUGUCUGAAGCGUAUGAGAAAGGAAGCAGAAUCCACACCCCCACUAGAGCUUCUUCUCGUUGAGGAUUUGGUACUGAUGAUGUAUCAGAAAAAGCUUCAGAAGGAAGCCUCCAAGACCUGGGUGCAGAAUCUUCUGGAGGUGUCCCUGUGGGAUUAUUCCAGCAACACGAGGUGUAAGUGGCAUGAAGAAAACGAUAUCCUGUUCUGUGCUCUAGCAGUUUGCAAGAAGACUGCGUACUGCAUCAGCAACUCUCUGGCCACGCUGUUCGGCAUCACCCUGACCCACGCUCACGUGCCGCUCCAGGAUUACGAGCCGAGCGGGUACCUCAAUCCCAAGAUGGUGGUGCUGGAUGCCAGACGUUUCCAGAAACAGGGAACCAAGAGUCCCAAUUUUCACAAUUCUGCCCGGGAACAGACUGUGCCCACUUCCACUGCCUUCCCAGGGGACGCUCUGUUGGCGGCGAAACCGAAGAGCAAGCUGGGCCGAGGGAGAGGACGGGGCGUCACUCGCCUGAUGGAAAGCAGGCCCGGCUUCUCGCUGACCAGCUUCUCCAAGCCCUCUGGCGACCAGGCCUCCUCACUCUCCAGGAAGGCAGACCAAGGCGAGCAGCCCCCGUCACCACAUUCCGAGCGGACCGGCCUCGGGACCCCCGGCCUCCCCGCCGCCACCGGGAAAACCGUUUAAUUGAGGAGGAAAUCCUGUUUCAAAGACGAGGGUGUUGUGGGGAGUUCCCUCAAGAACUUAAAAGUGGCAUUUUGUCGGGGGGGGGGGGGGUGUUUUUUCAAGGAGUCGGUUUCUCAUCCUGGCUGAAGGACGGGAGUCGGGAGAGGAAUAAAGAAAUCGGAGAAGGCUCCCAAAAA